UAGGAUUUUUUGGGACAUGCCAGAGCAGACAUUACGGUUUCUACCUGUAUCCUCACACUGUACUGUACUGUGCUGAUAAGAUAAAGCUUUACUUGGUAGGUUGAUUUACGUGGGGAAAAAGGCGUAAAGUCGGCGGAUCUUCCCCAAUCAAUUAUUGAACUUCAAUGCUGUACCAGCUUCGACAACAUUAAUCUACUACCUCCUCAGCUUUCACCCGCCUUCAGCUUACUGACACUAUGGUCAGAAUAAAGGAGCGUUAUCUGCUAGUCAAUAUCCUCUAUCCCACCGAACUAGGAACUCAACCUAACUUGCCCGAUGUUGUCUUGCUCAAUCAGCCCAGCAGCAGUGAGCUCACACCUGUCGCCCUUCUUCGCGCAAUACGCGCCGAAGUCGCCGCUUUAUUUGGCGACUAUGGCUCGGGAGCACUCGAUGGCGGUGGUUUCUCGGUACUUAUCGCAAACAACCUCAACCUUCAUACUACGAAUCGCACGAGCCGCGUACCGAUUCGUUUGGACAGCCCUGAGUUUUAUGACCUCGAUCCCCAUUAAGAAUGGCAAACCAUGUGUGAAGGCGCCUGAUUCUCUCAGCAAUAUCUUCAACACAUCAAGCCGAUCGAAGCCAAAAGCG